CUCCGCCUCUCGACGGACAGGCCCCUCGGCCCUGGAAGGAGAGGCAGCGAUUCAAGUGUGUGACUUUAGGCAAGUCACUUAACACGACUGAGCUGUGGCUUCUCAUCUGUGCCUCCCUCUGAGGUCAUCAUGUGGACAAAGUGACAGUGCGUGUGACCCCUAGCACAGUGCCUGGCACGAUGCGCUGCCUGACCACGCCCAUGCUGCUUCGGGCCCUGGCCCAGGCCGCACGUGCAGGGCAUCCCAGUGGCCGGAGCCUCCACAGAAGCACAGCGGCAGCCACCUACAAAUAUGUGAACAUGCGGGAGCCCUCAAUGGACAUGAAGUCGGUGACCGACCGGGCAGCUCAGACCCUGCUGUGGACCGAGCUCGUCCGAGGCCUGGGCAUGACCCUGAGCUACCUGUUCCGAGAGCCAGCCACCAUCAACUACCCAUUUGAGAAGGGCCCACUGAGCCCGCGCUUCCGUGGCGAGCAUGCGCUGCGCCGGUACCCGUCCGGGGAGGAGCGCUGCAUCGCCUGCAAGCUCUGCGAGGCCGUCUGCCCAGCCCAGCAGCCGUUUCAGGAGCACUGCCUGUGUGCCUGCCACAGGACCGGACCCAGGGACACGUGUGCCACAGCCGGGGCCCUCACUGCCCCCGGUCGCUGCUCCUUUGAGCCCCUGGCAUCUGGUUCUGUCGGAGGGUCCCACACGGACUGUUAGUGCAGAAACAGACACACAGCUGGGGCUCUUGGGCUGGCGGAUGUGCCCGGCAGGAGCCCAGCAGGCUCAGGGGUCCUCACGGUCCACACAGCGACCCCCUCCCAGCGGCCGCUCCAGGCCACAUCUCUGUGACCCCGGAUGGCUGCUGUCCACGACCUGCCUCAUUUCCUGGACCACUCCCAGGUCCUGCAGGCCACGGGUUGUGGCCUUGCUGUCCCCAGUCUAGCCACCGACCUGGAGCACGUAGGAGAGCCCCGAAAAAAUAAUAACAGUGGUGGCAUCCAGACAGUGAGUGCCAGCUGUGGACCAGGCACUGAGCCAAACUCAUGACUCAUCUCUGCAACAACUCUAGGAG